AUGUCAUAUCCUGCCAUCUACGAUACACCUUACGAUGAGCUGCCGGACAAGAAGCGCGUCUGGGUAGGCACGGCGGGCAGCCGCGAGGAGGGUCUAGCGAAGCUCGCGCUCCUCACACCCUCCGUUGUCGCCAAAGCAGCAUCCAGUGAAAUACGAACCGGCCACCGCACAUGCCUCAAUUGGGAACUGCCGAAGCUAGAAACAGCAGGCUUUGGCCGCCAACCCUUCGAGCACAAGAUCAUCCCCUGCUACGAUGGCCUCUUCUACGACGACACGUACGCCUUCAAUCCUCAGCAGGGCAGCCAAUGGGAUGGGCUCCGCCACUUCUCUCAAGCCGUACCUGGGACCGAGGGCAAAGGGCCGGAACAGAGAGUCUUCUAUGGCGGUACGACGGGUGCGGAGAUCGAGGACCGUAGCAACACUCGAAUUGGCAUGCAGCACUGGGCCCAAGAAGGCAUUGCUGGACGCGGUGUGCUCAUCGACUAUGCCUCGUGGGCUGACAAGAACGGCGUGAGAUAUUCGACGCUGUCCAACCACGAGAUCAAGCUGGAGGCCAUACUGCACAUCGCCAAAGAGUGUGGGAUCGUCUUCCAGAAAGGCGAUGUUCUGUUCGUUCGCACUGGGUUUACAAAGGAAUGGGAUACCACCUUAACAACAGACGACAAGAAAGCCUAUGCAGAGAACCCUGCGAAGAUGCAGCAUGCGGGCGUGGAAGCAACGCAAGAUGUUUUGCGGUGGUUAUGGGACGAGGGUUUUGCUGCUGUGGCCGGCGACUCGGUGGCGUGGGAGGUGUUCCCUCCUUCGAAGCCGGAGCCUGUGCUGCACGAGUAUCUAUUGGCAGGCUGGGGCAUGCCGAUUGGAGAGAUGUUUGAUUUAGAAGGGUUGGCGGAUGUUUGCAAGCAGGAGAAACGGUGGACUUUCUUCGUGACGAGUUCGCCGUUCAACAUGCCCGGUGGUGUGUCGAGUCCGCCGAACUGCAUGGCGUUAUUUUGA